AUGGAUGGUACAUUUAAAACUGUGCCAAGUAUAUUUUUACAAAUGUACACUAUACGUGCACCUGUUGGUGGAAAUAAUUCUAGAAUUUUGCCAUUAGUAUAUGUUUUAAUGACCAGUAAACAACAAUUGUGUUACGAACGUUUAUUCGAAGACUUAAUAUCAAUUUGUGAUGAUUUCGGUUUCGAUGUUUCACCAAAAUGUAUUAUAACAGAUUUCGAAAAAGCUGCAAUUAAUGCUGCAUGCCAAAAUAUUUGGCGAAAAAUCCAGUCUAGUGGAUUGGCUACUAAAUAUGGAGAAAAUGAAGAAUUUAGUUUACAACUUCGAUGUAUGUGGUCACUUGCAUUUUUACACCCAUCAGAUAUACCUAAUGCUUUUGAUCAAUUGAAAGAUUCUUUACCCUAUGACAUUCAAAAUAACUUUGAAGAAAAUUACGUGCAUGGAAAAGUACGAAGGAAAUUUAGAAAUGGAAUAGUAUCUCGAUAUGAGCUAUUGUUUCCACCAUCAUUUUGGUCAAUACAUUUCAAUCAUGAAAACAAUAUUCCAAGGACACAAAACAAAGUCGAAGCAUGGCACAAAAGAUGGAAAGUAUUAGUAGGAGCUGAUCAUGUUGGGGUAUAUCGUAUAAUUGCGGAAAUUAGAAAAGAGCAACAACACGUUGUGGGGCAAAUUCAAAUUAUUUUAUCCGGACAAGCAAGGCCAAAAUAA